CUCGCCUUGGGACACGAAGGGCCUCCUCCGGCCAAUUAAAUGAAGCCACGCCCCCUUGUGGGCGGGGACGCGGUUAUUGUGCUCCGGAGAGGGGGAGUGAGGAGAAGGAAUAAGAGAAAGGAAUGUCAAGAGAGAGCCUGAUUGGCUGAAGGUCUCCUCUCCGCCCCGCCCUCUUUCUCGUUCGACCAAUGAGAAUGAAGCGUCCGGAGUUGGACGGACGGAGAGGAAUAAGCCAAUGAGAGGCGUUUGUAGGGGAGAGGGGCGCGGUCGAACUCUCCCGCAGGCCAAUGAGAAGUUCUGUUUCCUUUCAGGGGGCGGGUUUUUUCGAAAGAAGGGCGCAUGCGCGAGGAGGACAUUACGGGGUGAGUAGUAGUGAGGAGAUGGCCAUUUAAUCUCAAAGGACGAAAGGGAAGAAAGGCAAUAUCACGAUGGCUGCGCAGCUGGCUUCGCGUCGCUUCGUCUCAAGAGUUUCCUAUCCUUGGGCACUUCCUACUUGCAGACUGUCUUCUGUUCCAAGGAAACAUUUGGCAUGGGACAGAAACCCCCAAUUACUCCUCAGGUUUCUGGGCUUGAGAACUUUCCGCUCGUCUCCCGCAGUUUACAAGCUACACAGCAGAGACCUGGAAAAGGAACCGGCUGCCAAAUCCUCUGAAGCAAUCCUUAAAAAGGAAGAGGAGCCCGACGAAGAAGAAGAAGAAGAAGGCUUUGGGACAUUGUCCCAAAAAUUCUCUAAUAGGCGCUUUUUCCAGAAAGCGACGCCAGAACUCUACAACUUGCGGCUCCAAACGCAGGAAGAGGAAGAGGAAGAGGAGCUGGGACUAAAACCCCGACGAGGUCCCAGGAAUACUCCAUAUUGGUAUUUCUUGCAAUGCAAGGCCCUGAUCAAGCAAGAUAAGUUGAAAGAAGCCCUGAAUCUGUUUGAGACCCAAAUGCUAAAGGAAGAACGUGUUUUCCCAGAAGAGAGCAACUACACAGUGUUAAUCGGUGGAUGCGGCAGAGUCGGCUAUCUGAAGAAGGCCUUCAGCCUCUAUAAUGAUAUGAAAAAGCGAGCCUUAGAGCCCACGGAUGCCACCUACACCGCCCUUUUCAACGCCUGCGCAGAGUCGCCCUGGAAAGAUUCAGGCCUGCAAAUGGCCCUGAAGUUACGACAGGAGCUGCUGAGCAAAAACAUUGAGCUCAGUCUAAUCACGUACCAUGCUCUCUUGAAAGCCUGUGCCCUCUGCUCAGACCUGCGCAUGUGCUUUGAGAUACUGAAGGAGAUUGUCCAUAAAGGCCAUCACAUUACCACAGAUACUUUCAACUUCCUACUGAUGGGAUGCAUAAAAGACAAAGAGAAUGGUUUCCGGUAUGCCUUGCAGGUCUGGCAGCAGAUGGUAAAACUGAACCUUAAACCCGACAGCUACAGCUACAAUUUGAUGCUCAGUGCUGCCAGAGAGUGUGGCCUCGGGGAUCCUCUUGCGGCUUCUGAUUUGUUACUGGGAACUCCAGAGGAAAGGCCAGCUGUUCUACAGCUGGAGGCUGGUAGAAGACAACGCCAGAAAAGAAAGGACCAGAGAGGAAAAGCAGCAGACCCUGGACUUGGAGUACAGUGGGAUGUAGAAAUACUGGAAAAACGUAUCUUCCCAGAAAAGGAUAGAAAACCUGAGGAGCAAACCAUAGCUAUGAGCAACAGAUGUACAGAGACAGAGACCAGAGGUCCCUCAAAUCCAAUAGAUUCUGUGGAGGCCAAGGAACUGAUGGUCACUGAGAAGAGCUACUUGGCUCCAAGGAUUAAGGAAGUGGACCCUGAGCAUUUUUCUGAAGCCAUGGGCCCCCUCCCCAACUUACUGGAUUUGCAGAGACCAGAUAAAAACGUGAUUUCCUUAGGAAUGGUGGCCACAGCCUCUGAUAGACUGGCCCUGAUGGGAAACAUGGAGGGCUUCUUAAAGAAAAUGAAGGAUGAUGGGGUGGCAGCUAAUAUCAAAACUUUCACACUGCUGGCUGAGGUGGUGCAGCCCAACAGCCAGUCAGAAUCUUCCUUAUUGGCGACGAUGGAAGAGAACAACGUGAAACCAGACAUAACUUUUUUUAAUACCCUAAUAAGGAAGAAGAGUAAGCAAGCAGAUCUGGAAGGAGCAAAGAGCCUGAUGCCCAUGUUGCUGAAGAAAGGACUGUCGCCCAGUUUACAGACCUUUUGUAACUUGGCCAUAGCCUGCCGCAAACAGAAGGAUGGACUUCAGUUACUCUCAGAUAUGAAGCGGUCUGGAUUAAAUCCCAACACACACAUCUACAGUACCCUUAUCAAUGCAGCGGUGAAGAGACUGGACUAUGCCUAUCUGAUAGAGAUCCUAAAAGAUAUGAGGAACACUCAAGUUCCUCCGAAUGAAGUUGUCAUACGUCAACUGGAGUUUGCAGCCCAGUAUCCUCCCCAUUUUGAUCGGUACAAAACAAAGGACCGUUAUCUGGAGAAAAUUGAUGGAUUUCGGGCCUAUUAUUUCCGCUGGCUGAAGUGGAUGGCGGCAGAAGAAACACCUCACCCUUGGGCAAAAUACAGGACUCCUAAGCAAUCGGAAAGGGAAGAUAAUUCUGAAGAUGCACAAAAGCACAGCACUGAGAUGCAGCAAUAAAACAGUUGAUACUGUAUUGCAGUUA